AUAAAUUUUAUUUACUAUUUACUGAAAAUUUUUCAAUUUUCUUAAGAACGCGUUAUCUCGGUUAAUUUUCAGGCUAUUUGAGAAGCGUCUUAGAUAUUAGCAGUUCCAAAAAUAACCCUUAGCCUCAACGAAACGAGUUAAAUCGAUGUCUAAGUUUCGUUUACAUACAUUUUAAAAUAUUGCAUAUUACAAGCCCCGUUUUUGUUUCUAAACAUUUCUUAUGACAUUUACAUGACUUGACGACUCUGUUACAAAAGAAAGUACAAAAUGGAAUCUGACUAUAAAGCCGGUUUGAAUAAAAAUGUAUCUACUCAACAAAAGCCUAAUUAUAAUUGGGUGGAUGUGACGCCUGAAUUUUUCGAAUCAAUUAAAGAACUCGAAUUAGGCGAACUAUUACACGGAUAUUUCUUUGGUUUAUUUGAGGCCAUGUCGGCCAUUGAAAUAAUGGAUCCUAAAAUGGACGCUGGUAUGAUGUGUAAUCGUGAAUCAAAAGCAAUUAAAAUUGAAGAACUGAAAUUAGGCGGCCUAACGAUACCCGAACAAAUAUCGAUAAUAGAUGUUACACUGGCCUGUCUGGUUUCGUGGCUCGAAGGACAUUCGCUUGCGCAAACUGUUUUUACAAAUUUAUAUUUUCAAAAACCUUACAAUAUCGAAGACACUUCAAUAAAGGCUUUUUGUAUUUGUAUUUAUAAAAUCAUCGAAGCUAUAAGAGAUUUUGCCAACAGAGCACAAGUAUUCGAAGAAGAAGACUUUCAACCCGCUCUUUACAAUUAUCAUUAUUUUUCUGAAAUCUCCGAUCAAAGGGUCAUCGGUAUGAUGAGGGAGGUGGACGAAGAGUUAAAUCACGUGAUGAAAUCAAAAGAUACUAAAGAUAACGAGCUCUACGUAGCUUUAAACGUUCGUAUUAAGUUUGUAAGGCUGUUUCUCCAGAUCCUACUAUCGUUCAAUCGGCGUGAAAACCAAACAACUUCAAUGGGAGAAACACAAAGGUUGUUAACGACUUGCGGUUUAUUAAUUCCCUCAUUAAUUAAGACCGUCGAUAAAGGAGUACCAAACGAAGGCGAUUGGUAUUUUAAGUUGGGUUUCGAUCCGCUUAUAAAUCAAAAGCUAUUGCCGCCUACAUUUCCUCGUUAUACAAAAAUAAAGCCGCCCGCAGACGCAUAUCACUAUUUCGAAGGACUGUUAACAAGACUGAAACAAAUUUGUAAAAUGACAAAUUGUGUGACGUUUAUAAGUGCUCUGGAAUGUUUCGUGGAACUCGGUCACAACAGCAAUUUAUGUAUCGUAUCUAGAUCGAUUAUGCAAACGCUUUACCUACCGCAGCCCAACAGAGUUUUCGGUACCCAGGAUUUGGAAGACUGUCUUAGAGAAUGGGCAAAAUCGUUUAUAGCGCCGCCGUCGCUCAUAACACGUUUAAAUAUUCUAUCCAACUCUCAAGCAAAAGACUGUGUUUAUAGCUUUUUCGAACACUGCACUCGUCCUUUCGCCGGAUUCAUUCAGAUAUGCGGUCACAACAGGGCUCGCCAAAGAGACAAAUUAGCACAUCUCAUGGAAGACUUCUCGGCGUUACAGGAUGAAUCCCAAAGAGUCGACGCUUUUCUGCACACAUUCACGUCCAAGUUGGAUCCGCCCAGAGAACACUUGGCAAGUUUCAGCACGUGGAUAAUCUAUCAUACAAUACGUAUUAUGAUAAUGUUUUUGCUAUCCGGUUUUGAACUAGAAUUGUACAGUGCGCACGAAUAUCAAUACAUCUAUUGGUAUUUGUAUCAAUUCUUGUACGGCUGGUUGGUGUCCACAUUGAACAGAGCCGAUAACGUACUUUACGGUAACGACUCUUCGGUGGAUUGUCAAAAAAAUCGAGCGAAACGAAACAAACCUAAAAAGAAAAAAUUACACCCUUACAGCCAAGAAAUCAUCAUGUGCCACGCCAUGCAAAGUUUAACCGGUGCUUAUUUUAAGACAUUGGUCGGAUUCCAAUUGGAAGGUAAAAUAAAGCCGCCGAAACACGCAAAGUUCGACAACGAGAGGGUUCGAUACGAACACAGAUUUGCGGCGUUCUCGACGGUGGCCGUGCCGCCGCCGUUUUCGUACGCCGAAUUUCAAAUGACCCGAUGCCAAGUGCAAGACACCGUGUCCGGUAACUCCGGUAUGCUUUACCUGAGCGGCUGUGAACUAUUUCACCAGGCGAGAUGUCUGUUAGACACUCUCGCUCAACCACAUUCUCCACAGGUACUCGAUCUGUUGAAAGUUUGUAAAACGAAUUUUGUCACCAUGAAAUUGCUGGCCAGCGGACACAAAAGAGGCCCGGAAGUUUCACUCGAUUUUGAUUUUACCACCAACUCUUGUUUUCCUAUAUACAAGCUCAGCUAAUCCUAAACGAUUGUUAACAUUUAGAUAAAAAUAAAUAUUUGAAGACUGUUUGAAACUUAUUAUACAAUCGAUAAUACCAUCUCGCCUUCUUAUACAAAAUUAAUUCUUUUUUAAUCUUUAAACAAACGGGGCUAUUGUUUUUUUUGUAUAACAGAGUUGUUUUAUGUGUUAAAAACGCACGGUUUUUUUUCCCAUCACAUAAUAAUUAUUGAUUAGCUAUAUAAAUAAUAUGUAAGAUUGAUUAGUUUAUUGUUUUUACUAACAAUUAUUAUUGUAUAUGCGGUUUCUUGUACAAUGACAAAAGUUUGUUUUUUCGUGUAUGAAUUUUGCCACUCCAAUGUUCUUCAUGUAUCUGUAAUAAACUUAUUUCCGUUUCA